UCAGCCGUGCAAUUUGCAAUGCAAUGGCCGAUUGAAUUUGUAAAGUAAAGACGGUUUCGGUGGCAUAUCGCGGACGUUAUUAAUUUUUUUAUUUUAUUUUACUGACUCGUAUAACCAGUGAAACAUUGUGCAAAACUGUUGUGUUUAAGACUGUGUAUUAGAAUUUGAAGUGGGUGUUUCAAAGGCUGUCGUUUACGAUUUUCAUUUCGUGUGAAAUUUUGUUAUUGAUUACGUGAGCAGUAAGACUGAUGACAUGGUCUUCCGUAGUGGGCGAGGACGUUUCUAGAAAUCUUCCAGUUCUGCUCAUUUUAAAGCUAACGACUCCAGCCGAUAUGCGCCCGCUCCGUGGCCCCGCUCGUCUGCGCCGAAACAACGCCGAUGCCUCGCUAAUCGCUCCACCGCUUUACUUAUCUACGUAGGAGAUAAAGAUAUAUUAGUGUGUUUUAUAUUCAUUCGUCCAUGUGAAGUGAAGUGAAGUGCAAGUGAUUCGUGCGAGUGCCAAACCGGUCGGAACCAGUCAGUGCCGGUUGUCGAGUUCCAGUAGUGGAGUGCCGGGCCCGAUGUUGUCGGAUCAUGGCGUUCAUGAUGAAGAAAAAGCGAUACAAGUUCGAAGUGCAGUGCUGCUUGGAGGAGCUCACCGAGGUGCCGUUCGUGUCCGCAGUGCUGUUCGCGAAGGUCCGCCUGCUCGACGGGGGGAACUUCCAGGUGCAUUCUAGCAGGGAGGAGGUGCGGAAGCACGCGGUGCGCUGGAACGCGGAGUUCUCGUUCGUGUGCAAGAUGUGCGCCAACGCCAACACCGGCGUGCUGGAGCGCGCACUCAUGAGGGUCUCCGUGCGCAAGGAGUGCAAAGGUGGAAGGUCGUACCAGAAGCUGGGCUUCUGUGACGUGAACCUGGCGGAGCUGGCGGGCUCGGGCGACACAACGCGCCGCUGCCUGCUCGAGGGCUACGACCCGCGCCGCCGCCAGGACAACUCCGUGCUGCGGAUACGCAUCAAGAUGAACAUGAUCUCCGGGGACCCGCUCUUCAAAGUUCCAGAAAGAAUGCAAGACGUAGCUGAAAAGACUGGUGGCGACAGCGGCUCAGAGAGCGCGGCGGCGGCCGACGACGACUGUGCUUCCUCCACCGCUAGUUCGGGCUUCGGUUCCCUCACCAAGAAGAAGAACUAUGAGGGUGUGACGCCGGCGCUGUCGUCGCUGCCCUCGUGUGAGCUUCCCUCCCCCGACGCGGAGGAGGCACCCCCCUUGCCGCUGCCGGCCUCCCUGCCCACCACGGUGCCAGUCACGCUGCCCGACUUCGCCGGGUUGAUGGUAUCAAGUCAAAACACAGUCCCAACUGUGGGAGUGACUACCACCGUGACCGUGAGUGGCGGGUGCGCGGCGUGUCUGCAGCAACAACACACGCACUCUAGAAACUCUUCCAAUACCUCCGGCGACAUGAGUAGUAAGGCGUCCGGCUACGGCAGCUCCGUGUCGGCCGCGUCCGCGCACUCCCGACAGAGCUCGGAGGGCGACUCGGCCGACUGCCCGCGACCGCACCACAACAGCGUGCGCUUGGAACGGACGACCACCACGACGACGUCGGUGUACGCGCCCGCCCAGAGCUGCAAGCAUGCGGGUCGGACGCUCGCUAAACUACUGCUGGAGAAGACAGUUCGCAGCGAGUCGGCCGACGUUUAUCUCUCCAUGUCCGAUUCCACGCUGACGGGCUCCGAUGUGUACCUCACCCCCAACGCCACCCUCACGAACCCCCCCGACUUGAUCCCCCGCCACGUCCUCCACUCGCCCUCCAGCGAGGAGUACAAAACGCCGGAGUGCACGAUCCUCGACGAUAACUCGUUCGCCAUGCCGACGUAUUUCGACAAGAAGAAAAAAGCCGCCUCCGUGAUCAUCUCCGCAGUGCAACCGUUGGCCAACUUUCAGAUUUUCAAACAGAAGUCUUUGAACACGAUCCCCGCGUUGAUAGAGAAGAACCGGAAAACGGAGGAGCUGUUCACGAACUUUCCGUUCUUGACGCCGCUCGCGCACCGCAAGAACUCGCUCAUAUCGAACGCGAACCGCUUGUCCGGCUGUAUCGAGGACGAGUUCUACUGCAUCCCGUCCGAGGCGGAGACGGACUCCAUGGACAGGAUAGACGUGCGCCACCGCUUCCGCAGUCUGUCCAACCAGGCGCUGGCCGCCCCGCUGGCGUCCACGCCCAAGAGCGAGGCGGAGCGCCGCAGCUACGACUGCCCCAGGAACCCGUCGUCCGGCUCGCUGACGGCGUCCGCCUCCGAGAGUGGGUCGCUGGAGCGCGCACGCGCCGCGCACGAGCGCCGCCUCGCGCCCGCUGACGAGCAGCACGUGGUGUCGUGCCGCGUGGAGAACACCCGCGUCAACCCGGACUCGCUCAUCGACGAGCUGCUCGCCGCCACCGACCUCAAGCACGCCGUCGACGACACCGCCGAGACGUCGGGUCUGCAGCUAUACAUCACCCGCGAUGGGACGGCCGAGCUGGGCUCCCGGCGCCGUCAGCAGCUGGCCCGGAGAGACUACCAGCGCGUCGUGUUGCAUCCGCACGACAACAGGUAGCCAACGGUGCGCGAGGAGGCGCCCUUCUGCCUCACCCCGCCGCCCGCGCACCCCGUGUGACGUCACGGCGCCCUAUCGGCCGGAUAGGGCCGGCGGGACACAGUGCACCUGUGCAGUGCGGUGCCGGACGCAGUGGGACACAGUGGACAGUAUUAUAUGAGAUUCGCGGCGCAGCCCCGCGCCCCGGCCGCCGGGGCCCUGAACCCUGAGUGCGUGUUUACCUCUCGACAACGUCGGCGGUAUCUCGAUACUAUACAGUCGAAAUACCGAUUUUUAUUAUUCAUAAGCUCGUAGUGAAACGGUGGUAGAGUCACAAACAAAGAGACUUGGCUUGACUUGUAUAAAUUUUUAAUCUGCAACCGCCACUAGCGAAACCUAUUAUAUAUAAGAAUAGGUCGUAAAAAAUGAUCGACUUUGGGGCUGGUUUUGUAUCGUAACUCACUAAAAUCUUCAACGUUGUCGAGAUGUACAUGUUUUGCACUAUGGUGCUGAUUCUCUAUGACAUGAAUCGACAUAUAUUUUUGAUGUCAAAUUUGAUACCUCUUUACACAAGAACUAUAAAUUUUGACGUCAUAAAUAGCAAUAAAAUAGUGUGCUACUUUAAUGUCAUGGAGAAAGAAAGCCCGUCAUACAUGACGCAAUAUGCCGCGUCUGAAUUCGAAAAUUCGUUGCGUCGUGUACAGAUAUGAGUUCGCUUGUUAAAUGUUGUUAUAAUCUAUAUGACGUUCAUGCAAUAUGGCGGCCGGAGCCGCGGGCGGGCUCGUAUGACAAAACUAUGAAUAUUUAUUGUUUUUUAAUUAUACAUAAUAUAAUAUAACUUAUGCCAUAAACUAAUUGUUUUACAGUAUAUAAUGUAAUUUAAUCGAUGUUGUUUUUACUACUCUUGCUCGCCGAUGUCGGUGCAGUGUGUACGCCGAGUCCGAGUUUUUGUAGUUUCCGAAAAUAAACUGAUUUAUUAACGAGUAGCCAGGUAGUACGACUUAUAAACAAGAAAUUUUGGGUAUAUUUUACUGGUAUAGAAAACUAUCAGUGCUCGGAGCUAUAAAAAUUCGUGCUAGGGGUACUGAGCCCUUAUUCUCGUGUUUCAUUCAAAUCAUAAAGUACUCGUAACUGCAAUUUGUGACAUCAAAUACCUAGUGUAUGUCUAAGUAUGAAAAUAUUGACGUCACAAUAUCAGCUUUGCGAGUAGUUGUGAUCUACGUCGCACAGAAUCGGGGUCCUGAGCGGUUUUGUAUGAUUUACAAUUUUUUAUUUUAUCGUCUAAGUAGGCUAGUCUUUCAAUUAUAUGACGACCUACAAUACGACUGAAUGUUCCUAUGUUUGCGUUAGGGCUUCCUCCACGAUACUAUAUUACUAUGUACUUCCAGGGGCGUGCUCUCCAUAUAGGCAAUAAAACACUGCUCACUCUAAGUUAUUCCACCCGUGUUGUGAAAACUGUUUAAACUCAAAAUUAAAAUCUUAUGAGUUGUUGAAAGUUUGAAAAGUUUUUUAUUAUCUCUUCAAGAAACUUAAAUGAUACAAAACCAUUUAAAAUGAUGCUUACUUAGAUCUUAGAUAGAAGUUACUAUAUUCUUCUCGUAUAUAUAGACGGUUUAGGUUAUCUUCAAAAGUUAGGUUUUAUGAGUUGAAACAGUUUUAGGGAUGGGAUUCUGAGUCCAUAUUGGGGCAGGUGUUUUUGUCUUUCUGUACAUUGGCCACCCAGACCACAAUCCCUGUCCUAUUUGAUUUUGCAUGGAGUAAACUGACAGAUCCUAAUGUCUUUCAAAACCUAUUGAUACCAGCCCAGGUAUUGUGUAAUUCUCGGACAGUUGCACACCGAGUGAUGACCCGACAGUCCAAAUUAAACUUUAUUUUAAACAACAACAAAAUGUAUUCAACACAACAGCGUCCGUACUCGCGUCGCAAGGUUUGCACACGGGUGACUGCUCGCAAUUCGUUAGCAACCGUCAGAAAAGUUACACAAUACCGGGGCAUUUAAUAUAAUUAGUGUGAAUGUGUCUAGCUGAAUAGAUACUAUAGUUACUGAACGUAUUCAAUUAAACUUUACUCCAUGCUUUAAAUAUGAAGGUCACUCACUAUGUAUAUAUCACUUAUGGCAUGGUCAGGGGAUUCCGGGUCCGGGCCGCGUUGAAAACCGUCAAAAGCAUGCGUAAUGACACGAAUACUAAUAAUAUGAACUAUUUCAUACAAAUUGCGUUUUAUCUCCGGCCCCGAAUAGAGCUGACGUAUGAGUGUAUAGACCUUAAAGGGACUACUGCCCGUUUCCACUAAACCGAGGAAUCACGUUUCGCUAACUCUUAUGUAAUGAGUAUCGACGUUAGGCGCCAUCUAAUGUUACGACACCGAUUCGGCACAUCGGAAAGUUUACGAGACUGGUAAACUGACACUUGGCAGAUGGAAAAAAAAUAAUUCGCCUUUAUUUAAUAACCAAAAAUUGAAAAAUAUGGCAUGAGCCAUAGACAAGUAGGUUAUAUGAGUUGCCUAGUAAAAAUACCGUUAGAAUAUCUCAAAAUGAGCACUUAGCAAAGAUGUUUUCCAAAACCAAUUCCAAUUUUCGUGCCGAUAACAUAGUAUUUUUUUUUUUAUUUCCCUGUCGUAAUUAGAGGUAUUGAGUCAUUAUCACCAUCAGCUUAGAAAAAAAAGGAGAUAUAUUCAUAAUUACACAUCAAAGUGCUUGAAAUGCCAAUUUUAUUUUAGUUAGAGCCCCAAAAGGAUUGUCAAAUUAAAUAUUGGUGAGUUUUGCAAUUCAGUUUGCUGCGACGCGCCGCCCCAGUGUGCGCUAACCAUUACGCUGUACCAUGAUCGUCAAAAUUAUUCUGUUCCAAACAACUGUACUUCCAAAUCCCUCCAGUUAUUGUUUUGUAAUGUAAAUACCAAACCAAGUGCCAAACGGCUUAUCCACACGAGUGGAGUGAUGUGGGGGAAACGUGGAGAAAUGUAGGCGUUCAACAGAGCGAGAAGGUUUAUCUAAGUCAUUCCUUUAUGUUAAAGUAACGGCGGAAACACACUUGUAACACGCGGCGCGUAUAGUCUUAUAAAAUCGCAGUUUUACGAUAUUAAAAAUCCGUGGGAAUGCUAUGUCGACUGAUAUAGGCCUACCGUUUACCAUUCAGUCCUAAGGUGGGGAUUGUUGACGUAACUGUUGCACUAAAUUCAAAGCCGAUUUUAACAAUUUGGUAGUUCAAAUAAUUGUUAUUCAAAAAACGGUUUAAUCCACUGUGGUCGCAACAAUAAGCUAUUAAUUAUAAUGUUUUCAUUUGAUUCAGGGCCUAAAUUAAUCGUAAUUAAAUACGACAUGUAUUUUUUAUAUAUGGCUUAUAUUUCAACGUUCCUUAUGUUAAAAUCUAUCAAUAGGGGAUCAGAUCUCUGGAUCAGAGAAAAUACAACGCGCUAAUAAUUUGCGUUUCGUCUGGUCACGUAGCUUGUUACAAAUGUGUUUCCGGCUUACAGCUUAAGCGCGAGGCUUGCCGUUGCUAGCAGCUACUCCCGCUCCGCUUGCACGGAGCGAGUCUCCGUAUACGACAUUGUUACCGUGACACGUGUUAACACCCUGUGACGUCAAAGUUUACGCAGCCUUGAUUGUUAAUGACAUUGUCACCGUAACUACGUGCGAUGUAUACUUUGCGAGAUCAUAGGUCCAUGCAAGAACUGUAAAAUUCGACGUCACAAAUUAUGUCGCCGAUGCAAUAAGGCUGCAAUGUUAUAUAGAACUAGAGACCUUGUAACUGUAUGAAAAUAUGUAUGUUAAAAUGGACGUCACAAUGUGUUGUUUGUGCGUCGAUACGGCUUCAAUGUCACGGAGGAACAGGCAGUAUCCAUUACAUGAGAUGUGCACGCUCGCAUUCUUAGUCGUUUUUGAAUUUCCCAUUGUAACGACAGAGCAAAAAAUAUUUUAUCAACAUGUUUCUAAAGCUUAAAUUCAAAUCCCCUAGACUUUUACAGCGAACGUGGCAAGUUUGGCAGUUAAAAAUCAGUAGUACAGAAUUUACUCGGUCCAUUUGACUAACGACUCAACCAUGCGAGCGAGUACAUCGCGUGUGCGGGUGCGGUCGCGGGCGGCAGUGUUCACUGCGAGGUGGACGGUGCGCGUGCGACACCACUCGCGGCUCGUUAUUGUAUCUUGUAAUACAUUGUGUACAGUAUUUGAAUAAAGGACGUGUUUAGAACUAAA